GAUGAGGCGCUUUUAAUUUUCUCACUUAUCGUCUAUCGUGAAUCGUCUCGGUCAAAUAAUUUUCGCCGUAUUAAAAUUUGUGUCAUUAUUUUCGAGUAUUUCUUAAGAUUUUAUUGAACUCCAAAAAUAUUCAUCUAAUUGGAAUUAAAUAACCAACGACGAUGUUUUCUUCAGUGUUGCGUUCUUGUUCAAAAAUGUCCCGUGGAGUCAUGACCGUCGGGCGACAAUCUACAAUUAAACCGAUCACUGCUGUUUCUACAAGGUUUAUGUCUGAACAUAAAGAAGAGACCGAUGAAGAAUUCUACUCAAGAUAUGAAGCAUAUUUCAACCGUAGUGACAUUGACGGGUGGGAAGCAAGGAAAGCAAUGAAUGAUCUAGCUGGUCAAGAUGCUAUAGCUGAACCAAAAGUGAUUAUUGCUGCCCUGAAAGCUUGUCGCCGUCUCAAUGAUUAUGCUAUGGCAAUAAGAUUUCUUGAGAGUGUGCGAAUUAAAAGUGAAAUUGAUAAAAGCAUCUACCCUUAUAUUUUACAAGAAAUCUCACCUACUCUACAGGAAUUAGGUAUUGACACACCUGAAGCUCUUGGAUAUGACAAACCAGAAUUAGCAUUAGAUGAUGUUGAUCACAUUUAUUAAAAAUAUUAUAAUUUUGUAAUCACUGGCGUUCAAUGUUCAAGUUAAAAAAAAUGUAUAUUAGAAA